CGGGGGGGUGGGGGGUGGUCGCUCAUCUGCACUAACGCACGCACAUACCGUCAGACAGAGCAGCGAACAUUUACUGAAACCUGACUGGGAUCAGGGCUCCGCGCGAGACGCAGGCUGACCGCUAGAACUGGAUAGGCGAGCAAGAGGGAGAAACUCCACACUAUCGCCACUAAUAACACCAUUAAUAACCCAGAAAUAAUAGAGAUAUCAGGCCUGGAGGAGAGCACCGCCAACAAUAACACCGCCAACAGGACAGCAGGCAGUAUAAUAACACCACAGAAACAGGCCUAAGAGAACAAGCCAUCAACACUUAUCACAGCAAACGCGGAGGCAUCGCCGAUAUACAGCAAUAUUGAUGAUAGAACUACGUUAUAAUUAGUAAUAAUCAACAACAGCAGGUGUGUGAUCAACAACAGGACAGCGACAGUAAUAAACAGCAGCGGCGUCCUGUCCUUCGCUCCGCUCCUUCCUCGGUUCCCCUCCGCCCCCGCAUGUAGAGAACCAUGUUUAAGAACCGGCUCCGCAUGUUCUUCGAUGAACUCAAGGUGCUGCUGUUCAUGCGAUCCGGUUCCCGCCAGGCCGAGGCGCGAGCGCAGCCCAUGAGGGGCGGCGUGGGGGUGGGUGUGGUAGGGGGGGGCUGCGGGUGUCCCGCCUUCAUCCGCUGCGCCGCGCGGGACCACCACGACGACGCGGAGGAGUACUACGGGAGCGAGCCGCGGCCCAGGAGCCUCGCCUUCGAGGAGAAAGAGGCGCGGCUGCCCGCGGGGCCGGACACGGUGUCCCUCAGCAGCAGCACGGCCAGCGGAGCGCGCACGCCCCAGUGCAGGAUCUGCUUCCAGGGGCCCGAGCAGGGGGAGCUGUUGAGCCCAUGUCGCUGCGACGGCUCAGUGCGCUGCACUCAUCAGCCCUGCCUGAUUCGCUGGAUCAGCGAGAGAGGCUCUUGGAGCUGUGAACUCUGCUACUUCAAAUACCAAGUGCUGGCUAUCAGCACCAAAAACCCACUGCAAUGGCAGGCCAUCUCUCUGACUGUAAUCGAGAAGGUCCAGAUCGCGGCCAUCAUCCUGGGCUCACUCUUCCUCAUCGCCAGCAUCUCCUGGCUUGUGUGGUCCUCUCUAAGCCCCUCGGCCAAAUGGCAGCGGCAGGACCUGCUCUUCCAAAUCUGCUAUGGCAUGUAUGGCUUCAUGGACAUCGUCUGCAUAGGCCUUAUCAUCCAUGAGGGCUCAUCAGUGUACAGGAUCUUUAAGCGCUGGCAGGCCGUCAACCAACAGUGGAAAGUAUUGAACUAUGAAAAGGCCAAGGACCUGGGGGACCCCAUUAGUUCCAGCAGUAAGGCUGGGGCCCGCGGUUCCCGUGGCAACACGCACGGUUUGGCCAGCGGCAGCAGCAGGGGGAGUGGCCAGCGGGUGCGGAGGCUCAGGACUAUCCUCAACCACCACUGCGGCUACACCAUCCUGCACAUCCUAAGCCAGAUCCGGCCCAGUGACGGACGCCUGGGCACGGCCACCAACCGCGAGGUGGUUAUGCGGGUCACCACCGUAUGAGGCCAGACCCAAGCGGGACUGCAGAGACAAACUAGCCACUUUGAGCUUAGAGGGAUAGCCUUUGAGGGCCCAGCAGGAGCAAAAGACUUACCAUUAAUUCUCGCUUUUGUUUCUUGACAAAUGACCCCUUGAAAUGACUGAGGAAAAUUUGAACACGCUAAAAUGCAUAAACACUGGAACUACAUGGUUCUUGGGAUGAAGGAACCGCAAAGAGAACUCCUCUUUCGCAAUCUAGCACAUGCAUUUUUAUUUCGUUCCCUCUCCGGUGUUGUUUUCUACCAGUAUGGUUUUUACUAUGUUUCAUUUUCUAACGGAGUGUGGUUUAACGAACUGCUGUACUGCGUAUGUUGACUUUAAAAAAAACAAAAAAAAAUGAAAAUCAAACAAACGAAAAAAACAAACAAAAAGGACUGUCGUCGUGGUGAUGUUUACGGAAGAAAAACCAAUGGUAACCAAACAGUUAAUAAAGGCAGAACAACCAGGGAACAAAAGAAUUCUUUACAGUAUACCGAUGAAUACGUUUAACAAAAAUAAUAAUGAAAAUAUUACGAAGGGUAGGGUGCAAUAAGAGUAAAAAAGGGGUUAUUCAGAGAGUUAAGUACAUUCAUAUUUAAAGGAAUCUGAUCUUCUCCGCAAUAAAGAUACCUGUACAUUUUACAGUGAACUUUGCAUGAGGGUAAAGUUUUAUGCCUCCUCGACACGUGGACAUGAUGAAUCUGUUUUAUUCAGAAUGGUGCUUGUUUUAAUAAACACUACUAUUCAUCAGGUGUUUUGUGAGAUACGUGAAAUGACAAAUUGUUGAUGGGGUGUCACAGUGAAAAAAAACUUUUUUCUGGUAAUGUUUAGUAAAGUUUUUCCAGCCAUAAUGAAAUAUGUGGAUUUGACAAGGUCAAUUCAGCAAGGCUCAUAUCUUACUUGUAAACAAAUGAGAUGCUAAAUUUAUCCUUUUUUCAGGGAAAAAUGUAAUUCCGGCCAAUAUGUAACCGUUCACUAAACACUGAUUGUGCCUGUAUGGUUAAAACAUACAGUCAACUGGAAAUUGUGGGUUAAGAGUAGAAAUCUAUUUCUCUACUAAUGUCUGUCAGUAAUUGCUGUGAUUUCGCUGUGCGCAAGGCUUUGAAUUAUUUUAUCUUCUGAAAUGAAGGAAAGUAGUGUAUUAUGGAGAGUUUACACCUGGGCCCGGAAUCAUGAAAGCUUUCCUUGAAAGCAGCUACACUGGCAUAACCUUGCCAUAAAAAUGCCAUAGCAGAUGUCAUAUGCUGUCAUGAAUUGCCGUGACAGACUUCGUUUGUGUUAAUGUAACCAUGUCAUGACAUUGAACAUUAGGACAUCAUGACAGUUAACUGCAAUGGUGACAUAACACUGCUUUACAAACUCAAUUCCAGAAACGUUCCAGAUCCAGUGAUCAGUAAAUUCAGUUUGACCUCUAUUGAACUGAAAACAGUACAAGAAGACAAUGUUUAAUGUUUUACCUUAUACAUUUUUGUAAAUAUAUGCUCACCACAAAUAUGACACCUGUAGCACGAGCCAGAAAAUUUGGGACAGGAGCAUGUUUACCACUGUGUUACAUCAGCUUUCCUUUUAACACCACUUAAAAAAAGUUUGGGAACAGAAGACAUGAACUGACCCAGUUUUUAAUUUUUUUUUUUACAAUUCUUCAGUUAUACAAUCUUCAGCUGUGUAACUGCAUGAAGCCUUUGUUUAGCAUAUUUUGCACUUCAUAAUGCACCAUGCUUACUACAGCCGACAGGCAGGCCAAUCUGCCACCCGCACUCUCUGAUCACACAGCCAUGCUGUAAGUACAACGUGCAGAAUGUGGUUUGGUGUUAUGUUGAAUUAAGCAUGGACGUCCCUGAAAAAGACGGCAUCUAAAAGGCACAUAUUGGUCCAAAACCGUGGGUACAUAUUUCAGUGUUAAUGGUGCAAGUUACCCAUGCAGUGGGCACUAAUGCACCCCUAUACCAUAACAGACCUUGGCUUUUAAACUUUACACUGGUAAGGAACCAGAUUGUCAUUGUCUUAUUUGGCCCAGAGAACACAACAUCCUUUAUUUCCAUAAGCAGUUUCAAAUCUGAAAGGUUGCCUGUCAAACCACAGUACCCGUUUUCACUAUCAGUCCAUUUCAGGUGGGCCUCAGUCCAGAAGUCUGCAGCGUAUCUGGACGCUGUUGACAUAUGGCUUCUGCUGUGCAGUCUUACUUUGCAUCAGUAAAUGCAGUGAUGGACAGUGUUUAUUGACAGCGGUUUGUCAAAGCAUUUCCAAGCCAAUGCAAUGAUGUACACCAUAGAGGCUUGCGGGUUGUUAAAGGGGUGCUGUCUGAGGGAUCAAAGGUCACAUGCGUUCACUUUUGAUUUUCUUGCUCUGUACACCCAAAUAUUUUUCAAGGUUCCUUAAAUCUUUUGACGAUUUAAUGCACUGAAGAGUGUCAAAUACUUCCUUGCAGUAUAUGUUCUUGAACUGUUAAGAUUUUUUUGCUGAAACAUUUUUGAGAAGUGUUGAGCCUCAACCUGUAUUACUCAUACAGGAGGAGGUCUUUCCUGGAUUUUUCCCUUUAUACCUAAGAACGUUUGCAUCAACUGUUUAAGAUGUUUUUUGAACAUUUCACAAUGUUUCUAGUUUUAAAUUGCUCCUGUCACAACUUUUUUUUGUAAUGUGUUGCACGCAUCGAUUUAAGAAUGAGCAAAUAUUUACAGAAAAUAAUGACAUUGAUUGAUGAAGAUAAAACAUCAACUAUCUU